ACACCAAACCCCGGUAAAGAUUGGUAGUGUACACCGACAAUGCCAGAGCUGACUUCAAAGGGUACCACCAUUUCCAAGAAGGGUUUCAAGAAAGCUGUAACUAAAAUUCAGAAGGAGGGGAAAAAACACAAGAGAUGCCGCAAGGAGAGCUAUUCCAUUUACCUCUACAAGGUGCAGAAGCAGGUCCACCCGAACACUGGUAUCUCCUCCAAGGCCAUGAGCAUCAUGAAUUCUUUUGUUACUGACAUCUUCGAGCGCAUAGCUGGUGAGGCGUCGCACCUGGCGCACUACAACAAGCGCUCGGCCAUCCCGUCCAGGGAGAUUCAGACAGCUGUGCGCCUGCUGCUGCCCGGGGAGCUGGCCAAACACACCGUGUCCGAGGGCACCAAGGCCGUCACUGAAUACACCAGCUCCAAAUAA